ACUGCAACUACCACAGGCAGGGCGGAACUGCUGUUUGCAGUAUGUCGAAGGAAAACGGACAGUCAGGCAGAGUUACAGUUUAACUAAACAGCUAGCUAGCUAAGUAACUAGUAAACAUGCCAGUGUGCUAGGUGAAACCCCCAGUUUUUCGACAUUGCGUAUUCCAUCGCGGCUCGUUUCUGGGUGUUGGGGAGGUGUUUGAACUUCCCUCACAUUCUCCACAACGCAUUUUCACGAAGGGAGGCGGCGGUGGAGCGCUCGGCAGCCAUCUUUGGAGCUGGGCUGGGAGUGGGAUUCGACUAUUCUGGCACCCCAGAUACUUCGAGGGUGGGGAUUUUAACCUACAAUAAUUCAUAAAUCUGCAUGUUCUAAUCGACUGACAGCGCCACGAACCACAAGGAUUUAGCGUACGAAAUCACUGCGCCGGGGAUGAAACGGGAAGAAUACUUUAUAAUCCCAAAGUGUUUUGAAUUACGCGACAUUCUCUACAGUGCUGAAACCUGGCCUGUCAGGAGAGGCUCUGAACACAUAUGAGACCACUGUCCUGCAGAUGAGCCAUCGGUGGGGGCUUUCAAGUCGCUGUCGCAGACCCAGAUAGUUCCUGGCGGCAGCGGCAUUACCCCCUCCCCCAAACUCCCCAUUAUGCCCAACAGCAGUCGGGCGGGGAGCCUGAAGGACCCCGAAAUUGCUGAGCUCUUCUUCAAGGAGGACCCGGAAAAGCUCUACUCAGAUCUGCGUGAGAUUGGACAUGGCAGCUUUGGUGCUGUAUAUUUUGCACGGGAUGUGCGGACAAAUGAGGUGGUGGCCAUCAAGAAGAUGUCUUACAGUGGAAAGCAGUCCACCGAGAAAUGGCAAGACAUAAUCAAAGAGGUGAAAUUCCUGCAGAGAAUACAACACCCAAACAGCAUAGAGUACAAAGGAUGUUACCUGCGAGAGCACACCGCCUGGCUGGUAAUGGAGUAUUGUCUGGGCUCUGCUUCCGAUUUGUUAGAAGUUCACAAGAAACCUCUGCAAGAAGUGGAAAUAGCUGCAAUUACCCAUGGUGCUCUUCAAGGGUUGGCUUAUCUCCACUCCCACAACAUGAUUCACCGAGAUAUCAAGGCCGGGAACGUCUUGCUGACGGAGCCGGGGCAGGUCAAUAUUUUUUUUUUUUUUUUUUUUUCUUUUCCCCCCCCCCCUUUUUUUUGGGAUGGGGACGGAGUAAUUUUAGCUAUGGAUGAGGGCCAGUAUGAUGGAAAGGUGGACAUUUGGUCUUUGGGAAUAACCUGCAUUGAAUUAGCUGAGAGGAAGCCUCCACUGUUCAACAUGAAUGCAAUGAGUGCCUUAUACCAUAUAGCACAGAAUGAGAGCCCCAUGCUGCAGUCUAGUGAAUGGACGGAUUAUUUCCGAAAUUUUGUAGAUUCUUGCCUUCAGAAAUUUCCCCAGGAUAGGCCGAACUCUGAGGAGCUUUUAAAGCAUGCUUUUGUCCAGCGUGAGCGACCAGAAUCGGUUCUAAUAGACCUGAUCAGUCGGACUAAGGAUGCAGUGCGGGAGCUUGACAAUCUGCAGUAUCGCAAAAUGAAGAAGCUCUUGUUUCAGGAAGCCCAUAAUGGCCCCACAACAGAGGCCCAAGAUGAAGAGGAGGAGCCAGAACACAGCGUGGGUCGGACGGGUACAGUGAACAGCGUUGGUAGCAACCAAUCCAUACCCAGUAUGUCAAUCAGUGCCAGUUCACAGAGCAGCUCUGUCAACAGUCUAAAUGAUGCAGGCGAUGACAAGAGUGAGGUGGACAUUGAGGGAGACCACACAGUCAUGUCCAACAGCUCUGUGAUACACCUCAAACCGGAGGAGACGUAUAAAGAAGAGUCGGAGCCUAACACCCGGCCAACUGAGCCACAGUCCCCGCCUGCACACACUCCGCGGCCAAAACGGAACCGCGAACACUUUGCUACUAUACGCACAGCCUCAGUGCUCACUCGCCAGAUUAAGGAGCACGAGCAGGAUUCUGAGUUAAGGGAGCAGAUAUUGGGCUACAAGCGCAUGAGGCGGCAGCACCAGAAGCAGCUGAUGGCUCUGGAAAACAAGCUGAAGGCUGAGAUGGAUGAGCACAGACUCCGCCUGGACAAGGAGCUGGAGAACCAGAGGAAUAGCUUUGCCCAGGAGAUGGAGAAACUGAUCAAGAAGCACCAGGCGUCCAUGGAGAAAGACGCGAAAACUUUUUCCAACGAUGAAAAGAAGUUCCAGCAACACAUUCAGAGUCAGCAGAAGAAAGAGCUCAACAGCUUCCUUGAAUCCCAGAAACGGGAGUACAAACUUCGCAAGGAACAACUCAAAGAGGAGUUGAAUGAAAACCAGUCAACACCCAAGAAGGAAAAGCAGGAGUGGUUGUCCAAGCAGAAGGAGAACUUCCAACACUUCCAAGCUGAGGAAGAGGCCAACUUGCAGCGCCGACAGAGGCAGUAUCUGGACCUGGAGUGCCGCAGGUUCAAACGGAGGAUCUUGAUUGCCCGCCACAAUAUUGAACAGGACUUAGUGCGUGAGGAGCUAAACAAGCGUCAGACCCAGAAGGACUUGGAGCAUGCCAUGCUUCUCCGGCACCACGAGUCCAUGCAAGAACUGGAGUUCCGCCAGGUCAACACCAUCCAAAAGACGAGGGCGGAGCUCAUCCGUCUGCAGCACCAGACGGAGCUCACCAAUCAGCAGGAGUACAACAAGAGGAGGGAGAGGGAACUUCGACGCAAACACGUUAUGGAGGUUCGCCAGCAGCCCAAGAGCCUCAAGUCCAAAGAGCUACAGAUCAAGAAGCAGUUCCAGGACACAUGUAAGAUCCAGACCAGGCAGUACAAAGCACUGAGGAACCAUCUGUUGGAGACCACACCAAAGUCCGAGCACAAGGCUGUCCUUAAACGGCUGAAGCAGGAGCAGCACCGCAAACUGGCCAUCUUGGCAGAGCAGUAUGACCACUCCAUCAAUGAGAUGCUUUCCACUCAGGCGCUUCGUCUGGAUGAGACGCAGGAGGCUCAGUGCCAAGGCCUACGAAUGCAGCUACAGCAGGAGCUGGAGCUUCUCAACGCCUACCAGAGCAAGAUCAAAAUGCAGACGGAUGCCCAGCACGAGCGUGAGAGGAAGGACCUGGAGCAGAGGGUGUCACUCCGAAGGGCCCUGCUGGAACAGAAGAUUGAGGAAGAGAUGAUGUCCCUGCAGAAUGAACGCUUGGAGCGAAUCCGGAGCCUGCUGGAGCGUCAAGCCCGAGAAGUUGAGGCUUUCGACUCCGAGAGUAUGCGCCUGGGCUUCAGCAACAUGGUGCUAGCAAACCUCUCCCCAGAGGGCCUCAGCCACAGCUUCCCCGGGGCUCCAGCGAGUUGGAGUCACCAUCAGCAGCAACAGCGGCCGUCCGGGAGCUCCCCAGGGUCCCACUGGGGCAGCGUCGGCUCGGCCGCCGGCGCGAGCCACCACGGCAGCCAUCACAGCUAUCACUCCAGUCCGGGAGGGGCACCUAUGCAGCAAGGCUGGGGGCAGGGCAUGCAGGGAGGUGGGGUCCCGUCGCCGUGGGGCCACCCAUCGGCAGGAGCCCUGUCCCGCAGCAGUGGAGGUGUACAGAACAGCCCCCAAGCAAUGGGGAGGACACCCUCAGGAGGGCGCAGCGAGCAGAGCAUGAGCAGGAGUACCAGUGUCACUUCUCAGAUAUCUAACGGGUCACACCUCUCCUACACAUAGAUUCCCCCAUCAGCCCCUGGAGUCGGAAUUUGAGCGUGGAGAUGUAGAAUCCAGCAAACGCAGCAGGACAGAGUAUUGGCUGAGCUCUGCCGCCAAACCCCACCCCCCCCCCCUUCCUCUCCACCACCACCACCCCCCCCCUCGUGUACAGAUGUGGAUGUGCGAUGAAAUAAAUGUUGCUCAGGUCAAAAAGGGCUGGAAAAGACGCAGCCCGUCCUCAACGGCAGUUUAUCGGCACACGUACAGAUCCUUAAAUUUAUGUUACAUAAGCAAUUUGAGUGUCAACACAUAAUGGUCCCAUUUGCUUUUAUUUACAGCUCUCUCCUGCGAAAAGUUUUUAAAAUAUAUGUUUUGUGCUAUUCACAGCCAUUGCUCUCAUUUUGCACAUGAAACACUGUUUUUAAACGCCUUUUGACACGUGUUAACAAUGUCCUAAGAAAUGCGGUGUCAAACAAUCACAGCAUACAGAUUUUUUUUUUUUUUUUUAUUUAGGACCCCCUCUCUUUCACUCUCCAGAUUCACGUUCAGUUACACACUGGUCAAUUUCUGUUGACGGUGGUUUUAAAAACGCAGCACACCUCCCUAACUAAAGCUGCUUUGCUGUUGUGAUACCAGCCUGCUGUAAUGGUCAUUGUGAUAAAUGAGAUGCCUCCUUCUA